AUGAGAAGUGAGAUCAACAUGGCGUCGUACAAGAAUGAGAGCCCGUUUAAUCUACUGAUCAGUGUUGCCGGCGUGACGGGACUAUCGAUGUUGUUUAUCAUUAUAAGUAUGGGUAUAACAUCGAGUAGGGUUGUCAGGCGGAGGAUUUACAACGCGUUCUGGUAUACACACCAACUGUACUUACCAUUCAUGGCUUUGUUGAUGGUACAUCCUUUAAGCGGAGUUUUAAAAGAAGAAGUUUUAACAAACCCAAGCGACGUGAUAGCCAAUGCUACUAUAACACAAGACAAUCAAAUACAUCAGUUCGUCGCAAUCAAAUCCACGGUGAAUCACAUGGCUGGUCGUACUAUAAGUCUAACACUCUACCCUCAAGAGAAGUUGCUAUGUCGUAGCGGUCAGUACGUACUCAUUCAGUGUCGUGAUAUUUCUCUUGUUGAAUGGCAUCCCUUUACUGUAAUACAGCUUCCGACUCGAGAACAUUCAGAGUUUGUUGUUUGGAUCAAAGUUAAGGGAGAUUGGACCGAGGCCUUGGAGAGAGUUCUGAAGGAAAAAGGAGCACAUAACUUAAACGUGCUGGUCGAUGGUCCAUUCUGCAGUCCUCUCCAGGCAGCUCGAUCUCCUGAGACGACGUUGUGUGUGGCGGCGGGAGUCGGCAUCACACCCUUUGUUUCUCUCCUUGAAGACAUGUGUCGAAACCCUAAAAGUUCGGUACCAGGAAGAAUCCAUUUGAUAUGGAUUGUCAGAACUGAGAAGGAGUUGACAUGGAUCGCAGAAUUAGCGACCAACGUCAUAAGACAGCUCAGGAACGCUAACAAACCAGACAGACUUCAUUUAGAGUUAUAUGUCACAAGGAAUAAUGAUGUACCAAAAAUUAACCACGUGGUGAUAAUGAACGAGACUGGAAAGGUGAUGAAUGUUUUGGAUGAUGAGAAGACUACGUUGCUAACGCCACAGUUGAAACGUAAUAAGUUGAUGAUUGCUAAUGAUGAUGAUUUCGAUAUAGCGAAGAAGUAUCCAUUAGUUGGGUGUAGAGUAAGACGCGGAAGACCGCAUUGGGAUAAGGUUUUUGGAUACUGGGUGCAUUUAUAUCCUGGGUAA